AUGAGUAUUAAUAGCGAUUCAAAUAAUAGUAGUUUAAGAAAUAGUAGAAAUAGUUUAAAUAAUAGUUUAAAUAAUAGUUUGAAUAAUAUUACACCAACAGCAAGUAGUAUUAAUAGCAGUGGCAAUUUUUCUCCAAAGGAGUUUGUAACCAAUGUCGAAGAUGAAGAUGUACUCUAUGAAAACAAGCAAGUAGAGUAUAAAGAAAGAUUGGUGACAUUAUCAAUUAAGCAAUCUACACUUAUCAUUAGAUAUCAUGACAAUAACAACUUUACAAAAUAUUUAGUUGCAGAUACAAUUGUCGGUAGUGAUACUACUGAUAAAUCUGUAACCAUAUAUUCCUGUAUUAUGAAUACAAUAGACAUUACCAAAGAAUCGAGACGUAGAAAACAAUUUAAAUUUACUUUCAAAAACUCUAGCGAAGCAAAUAGAUUCAGUAAAAAUAUAGACGAUCUAUUUUUAAAUAUUUUACCAAGAGGUAAUCCAAAAACUAGAAAGAUUAGAGUAAUUUUAAAUCCAAAAUCUGGUAAAAAAAUGUCAGAAAGUAUAUUUAAUGAAAUUAAUCAAUUAUUUUCGGAUUCAAAGAUUCAAGUAAAGAAAACUGUAACCAAAGGACCAGAUCAUGCAAAAAAGAUUGGAUUUAAAUUUAAUGCAAAGAAAUAUGACACAAUUGUAUUUAUUAGUGGUGAUGGUUUAUUCCACGAAUUUAUUAAUGGUUUAUUAUCUCGUACCGACUAUGAAGAGGCUAAAAAGAUUCCAUUAGCAUUAAUACCCGCUGGUACUGGCAAUGGUAUUGCUUGCUCCAUAGGUUUACAAGAUCCAAUGUCAUGUGCUUUAGCUGUUAUUCGUGGCUUCACCAAACCAUUGGAUAUCUCUGUAAUUCAACAAAAUGAAUCCAAAUGGUGCUCUAUUUUAUCUUUAACUUGGGGUAUAGUUAGCGAUGUUGAUAUCGAAUCUGAAAAAUGGCGUCGUUUAGGUGAAUUACGUUUGGUAUUAGGUGCUGCUAUAAGAAUUUUAAAUCUACGUAUCUAUAAGGGUAAAAUUUUAUACUUGCCAGCAAUCGAAAUUUCAAAAAACGAAAUGGCCAAAAUACCAAAAUGCUCCUACUCUUGUGAAGUAUGCGAGUCUGAUGAUGCUAUCCAAACCAUUAGCGAUAUCGUUUCAAACCCAGAAAACAAUUUAACCAAUCCAUUGCAAUACUCUAGAUCAUCAUUAAGAAGAUCAUUAAACAAUAGUGGUACCAUUACUAAUAUAGGCUUAAACAACUCAACCGACAGAUCAUUGGACGAACUAUCAAAAGAAAUCGAACAAAAAGAAGAGGAACUUAAAAAAAGUAACAACUAUAACGAUAACAUUUCAGAGGAUCAAGAUGACAUUGAAAAACCAUUAAUGAAAUCUACCGAGAUCUACAAUGUACCAACUACCAAACUACCAAAUCAACAAUUUUUAAAGCAAUCAGAACAAGAGUUAUUAGCAAAUGGUUGGAAAAAAUUAGAAGGUGAAUUUAUUGGUAUCGUUGCAAGUACAGUAUCACAUUUAGCUUCAGAUUUUAUCGCCUCACCAAGUGCACAUCUUUCAGAUGGUUUAAUAGAUUUAGUAGUUAUUAAAAGUGAUAAGAAUUUAAGCAAAGCAGGCUUGCUAUCAAUUUUAACAGAAUCAAGUACAGGUAAUCACAUCAAGAGUGAUUUAAUCGAUCAAUAUAAAGUACAUGCUAUGAUUUUAGAUCCAUCAACUGAAAGAGAAGGUAUUAUUGCAGUAGAUGGUGAAAAAAUCACCUAUGGUAGAACCUCAAUGGAAUGUAUGAGAGGUUGUAUAAAUUUAAUUUGUAGAUCUUACUAA